AUGAGCAACUACAGCGUCUCUUUGGUCGGCCCGGCUCCGUGGGGUUUCAGACUUCAAGGGGGCAAGGAUUUCAACGUGCCUCUGUCUAUCUCUCGGCUUAACGACAGUGGCAAGGCAGCCCAAGCACAUGUGGGGAUAGGCGACGUGGUUCUCACCAUUGAUGGGAUAAGCACAGACGGGAUGACUCACCUAGAAGCACAAAACAAGAUCAAGGCCUGUACAGGCAAUUUGAACAUGACUCUGCAAAGAGUGGCUUCUGUACCAAAACCCGAUCUUGUUCAUGUACCGAAGGUGACGAGGAUUCAGAGAAACCCAGGGGGAGAGAAAAACCCACCGAAACGCCCCCCACGGAAGCACGUUGUGGAUACCUAUACGGAGUUUUACCACACACCCACCCACAGCGAUGCCAGCAAGAAGCGACUGAUUGAAGACACUGAAGACUGGCAUCCCCGGACGGGCACCACCCAGUCCCGCUCUUUCCGCAUCCUUGCCCAAAUCACCGGCACUGAUCAUAUGAAAGAACCAGAACAUGAAGCUGCAAAGAAGUCUAAGGAAAAGGUUCCCAUGCACGUCUUUAGCCCCAAAUAUACAAAAUUACGUGACUGGCACCAUGAAGUCUCAGCACGUGUUCUUAAUGUCCAGUGA